AUGUAUUCCUCCAAAUCAUCAUCAUCAUCAUCAUCUGUUCCGGUAGUGCCUCAUGCAUUGCCACUGGUAGGUCAUGCAUUUGCUCUUUCUAAAAAUCCUCGAAACUUUAUUCUAAAAGCAAAACAACAAUGUGGUCCCAUCUUUCGGAUUCAACUGCCCAUGUUGUCUGGUUACGUUGUCACUGGUGACUAUGUGAACGAAAUCUUACGCGCUUCAAGACAUCAGUUUAGUUUUCAAGAAGGUAUCGAUACCAUUAUUCCCUUGGGUCGUGUUACUCGAUUGUCGUAUGAUCAUAAAUAUAAAGGUGAGCCAUACAGUCUUCGUGAUCGAAAUCCAGUGUCUUAUCCUAUCAAAUACCACCUUGGUGCCAACAAUCUUCAUCACUUUUCGACUAGAAUCCAAGAAGCAUCCCAUGAAGCCUUUGAACAAGAAUUAGUCCUUGGUCCUGGAGAAACAAGACUUAUCACAGUGUGGCCCAUGAUGACACGAAUCAUUGCAAGAAUCUCAUGUUUUUGUUUUGCAGGACGACAAGUAGCACAUAUACCAAAGUUUGUGGAUAGCAUGGCACAAUUUACGCAAAAGAUCAUUAUUGCUGGUACGUUUCUUAGUUUGUUACCGACAUGGCUAGGGAAUUAUGUGGUACGACGGUUUUUAUCCUUGGAAAAAGAAAUCGAUCUGUUUAUGACGCACUUGACCCCUCAGUUGGAGCAUCUGGAAGAUAAUGGAUACGAUGAUGAAAAGGACAUGACAUACGGGGCUUGGUUAUUGACACUUCCACGAAGGGAUGGUUCCAUCCGACCUGCUCAAGAAAUCGCCUAUCGGUUUAAGGAUGUGGUGCUUGCCAGUGUCCAUACGACUUCUCAUUUUUUGACAUUUGCUCUUCAUGAAUUGGCCUGUCGUCCUACCUUGGUUGAACAUCUACGUCAGGAAAUCAAAACGCUGCCUGCUGAUCAACAACUCAAUCCGUCGGUGAUCAACGAUCUGCCUCUUCUCGAUUCCUUUUUCCGUGAAGUGUUACGCUACAAUGUCGACUACUUGGGAUUACAUCACAAGGCUUUGCAAGACGUCCUCUUAUCCAACGGUGCGGUAAUUCCAAAGGGUGCAUUGGUGUUUUGUGCUAUGGAUGACGCAAAUACAUUCCCUAACAACAGCAAUGAUCCUUCUUUAACAUCAUUUGAUGCUUAUCGAUAUUUGGACUCUGAUCAACCUAGUACAACUACGACGAUGCCUGGUUUUGUCACCUUUGGUUUUGGUCCUCAUGCUUGUCCUGGUCGUUUCUUUGCUGUCAUGGAAGUCAAGUACUCUAUUGCCAAAUUCGUUUCUCGCUACAAUAUGACCACUCUCUCUGGACAACGUGGAAAGGAUGUUGUGAUUAUGGGUAUGACUCGAAAUCCUCCAAAGGACCCUAUUCUUUUUGAAGGUAUUUAA